GAGGAGGAGGAGGGAGAGAGAGGCGAGGAAGUACUUAGAGAGGAGACGCAUCCUCUGUGCAGUGGUAGAAGCUACAUCUCUCGCUUGAAUUCCGACGGCAAAGAAAGCCGCAUUUCCAGUUUGCUCCGCUGUUGCGUGGUGAGGCCAUGUGGAUUUACGAGGUCAUUGUCGGACUCGUCCUGGUCCUCGCUUGUUCUGCAGAGGGCCGGAGAAAUGCCCUUCAGGACUACCAGAGAACUGAUGGCAUACAACUGCUCGCCUUGUCUCCUGAUUCCUCACACCUGACGAAAAGCAGAAAGCUGAGCCUGUCCAGGUGUGCCAAAGCAUGCAGUCGCAACAGAAAACUCAACUUCACAUGCAGAGCGUUCGUGUAUGAUCAUAAAAACAGGAAAUGCGAGUGGCUGUCAUUUGACAGGAACUCACCAGGAGCUCAGAGUCACCAGAACGUCAACUACCAGCUCUAUCAAAAGAAAGACUAUGUUAGAGAAUGCAUAGUGGGAACAGGUCAGAGUUACAGGGGGCGGAGGUCGGUGACAGUGACUGGGAUCCGGUGCCAGGCCUGGGCCUCUCCUUUUCCUCAUGAACACAAAUUCAUGUCUAAGAAGUUCAGGAAGAAGGACCUCAGAGAAAACUACUGCCGCAACCCAGACAACUCCACCGAUGGCCCGUGGUGCUUUACCACUGACCCCCGGCCGCAAUUUAGACACCAGGAGUGUGGCGUACCACAGUGCUCACAGGUUGAGUGUAUGAACUGCAACGGGGAAGAUUACAGAGGACCAAUGGACCACACAGAAAGUGGGAGAGAAUGCCAGCGCUGGGACCUGAGCGAUCCGCACGAACACCGAUACAACCCCAACAGGUACCCCAACAAGGGCCUAGAUGAUAACUACUGUAGGAACCCAGACGGACGCCACAGACCCUGGUGCUUUACCACAGAUCCAAACACACCGUGGGAGUACUGCAACAUCAAAGUCUGUGAAACGCCGCAUAAAACUAAUGUGGUGGAAACGACCGAGUGUUACCACGGCAGAGGAGAGGGUUACAGGGGGGCGGUGGACGUGACGCCCACUGGACUCACCUGCCAACGCUGGGACUCUCAGCAUCCCCAUAACCACACAUUCAUACCUCAAGCUUACCCCUGCAAAGACCUGAGAGAGAACUAUUGCCGCAAUCCAGAUGGUCAAGAAUCCCCCUGGUGCUUCACUACGGACCCAAGAGUCCGCACGAUGCUUUGCACCCACAUUCCUCAGUGCGGCGCCCACAACAAGCCUGUCAGUGAAUGCUAUGAAAGCUUUGGAGAGAAUUACCAAGGGCAGCAGUCAAGGACGAGGUCAAACCUGCCCUGUGCUCCCUGGAUGAACCACAGCAACAGUGGUGAAAGGGGCAUGCUGAUGGCUGGCCUGGAGGGAAACUACUGCAGAAAUCCCGAUAAAGACAAACACGGUCCCUGGUGCUACACCAACAAUUCUGCCAUACCCUGGGACUACUGCAAUGUCAAACCAUGUGAUGCUUCACAGAACAACAUCCCACUAGGUGAGUUGUCCUCUGUGGGAUGUUUUGUCCAUAAGAGAACUAGGAUUGUGGGAGGAGGUCCAGUGGGCAUAUCAGACGGCAGCUGGAUGGUCAGCAUACAGAAAGGAUCAGUGCACUGGUGUGGUGGAUCACUCAUACGAGAGAAAUGGGUACUUACUGACAGACAGUGCUUCUCCUCAUGUGUUCCAGACCUCAGUGAGUAUCGAGUGUGGCUGGGAGUCUCUGAUAUCCAAGAGGGCGCUCCUGACUGGACCAGGAGACAAGAAGUCAGCAUCGAACAUGUGAUAUGUGGCCCAGAAGGCUCCAGUUUAGCCCUAUUAAGACUUUCAAAGCCUGCCCUCCCUGCAGACAAUGUCCACACGAUUCAGCUGCCCGUGGCUGGGUGCUCCAUUCCGGAAAGAACAAUUUGUAAAAUGUACGGAUGGGGAGAGACGAAAGGCACCGGCCACGAGGACGUACUGAAGGCAGUGGACCUGCCCAUUGUCAGCAGAGACAGGUGUAGGGAGAUGCACAGAGGCAACAUCCACAUCACCAACACCAAGAUUUGUGCAGGAGGGAGGAGGAAUGAGGGCGUGUGUGAGAGGGAUUAUGGCGGCCCUCUCGUGUGUCAAGACGGUGACAUCAGGGUUAUUGUCGGCGUGAGCGUCCACGGCAGAGGCUGCGCUCGGGCCAACCAGCCCAGCAUCUUCAUCAACGUGCCCUUCUACACGCAGUGGAUCUAUAAAGUCUUCAAAUAUUACCCGAACCCCGAGAUCAUCUAGAGGCGCCACGAUCAAGGGAACUAAAUCAAAUCUAGAGCCUCUACUUAAUGUGUCUUAAGCAGCGCACUCAGGACAUGUGGUUUCCACGUUCUGCAUACCUGCGUGGCCCAGAGAUCAAUAGGAAGGUGAUCUGAUGAUGCACUUACACUAUCCAUACUGAUUCUGAGAGUCGUUGAUUAUGAAAGAAGUGAUACUGUUCAUGUCUUAGACAUAAAAAUAUUGCUGGAGCAGCUAACAGGCAAAGAAGGGACCCAAUAGAAGCUGAAUGUUACAGAAAGGACAAAGCUGUGUCUUUCAUAGAGUUGGGAGCAGAGCAGGUAAAUAAAUAUUAGAUUUUCACCCAUUUCAUUUUUUUUUUUUUUUUGUUUUGUUUAGUUUUUUUAUUUUUGAGUAGCAAAUUUACCAGAGCUGCAUGUGUGUAUGUGAAUACUCUUGAUUCCUGGUAUUACUUGAAUGUUUUGAACACCAAAUGCAGCAGUUCAGCAGCUCCCUUUGUAGAGUACAUCGAUGGGCCACUUAGAAAACUAUCCAGUGGUAGGGCAAUAUGAAGGGCACUCUUACCAAGCUGCAUGCAUCUCCGGGGGCUUAGAUAAAGUGGUCCUUAGUGUACAUAGUAUUUUAAUGAGUGUAUUUGUGACACUCUAAAGGUAAUUUAGGUCUUAUAGAUCUACGAUAAAAGAACACGAAUGUCGAGGCAGGUAAGCGAUGUGGAGUGUGCUGUCUUUCAGUCGAGGUUCUGUCUCGUUGUGGCGUGACAUGUACGGCAAUUAGAAUAAAUUCAGUAUUGUAAUGUUAUCACAAUACCACUGUAUAUAUGAGGAUGACGUUUGUUCUGCGUGUAGAUACAAUGAAUGUAUGUGUACCCGGCCUUUAAAUGAUACAAAGAGAAAUCUGAUGACGUAAAAUGUGUACACACGAGCUCCUACUACACAGCGUUGAUUCAGCAUGGGUGUGUCUGUGUUUGUAUGUUUUUUUCUGCAGCGGUGUCUGUAUGCAAAAAGAAAACUGCAGAGGGAGAUGGUGUGUGUGUGUGUGUGUGUGUGCGUGUUUGAACUGAAUGAAUUAUCCCCACUCUCAGACCUUGGCAGACCCCCAAUUCCAUUCCACUCUUGCUAUUAGUGUCACAAAGUCUGCAGCUUCAAACUUUGCGGAUGGGACGGUCUUUGUAACGGCACUGUCUGGAAUGGGCUUCACUGUGAUGACUGAACGGCCUUUCGAAAAAAUUAACCCACCUCUUUUAGCAGCCGAAAUGAUAGAGAUGGCUUCAUGUCGUAGCCACGUUAUGUUUGUGCGAGCGUGAGAAAAUGAUCGUCCCCUCCCCUGCCCGCGCGUGGAAGUGUGUGCACUGAAAGAUGUCGCAAGCUGCUAUAUUCAACUAGUCGUACAGUGCUGCCUUAUGUCUCCAUUCAUAAUGUACAUUAUACUAAAAAUUUAAUCUUGUGUAAUAUGCUUAAUGUUAAACCCAAUUCCAGCAAUUAUUUGAAAGGCUUUUGUCACCAUAUUAAAUGUUCUUUGUAUUCUA